UUCCUUUUUCAUUUAAAUUUCUUUCGCCCGCGAGUGAGGACGGACCGACGUGUGCGUUGGCGCUGCUGCUACUGUUAAUUUUAUUUAGAAGGCCGUAUAUUCUUUGCUACAUCUCACGCUUAGGUUUCUAAAGUGAAAAAGCAUAACCGUUUUAGUGAUCUUACAGAAAAGUGAUGCCUAUACGAGCAGUGAAAUAGAAUUUAGAACAUCUUAAACAUCCUGCAACUGAAAAAAAACACGAACGAGUAAAAAAGUGAAAAUUUAAUAAAAGCAUUUCACCUUUUAUCCACCAGGGUGCGUCCGGUCCGGUUCUCGUAGACGAAGCGUCGAGGAAUUCCAUGCUCUGGCCUAGCUAGUGAUCACAACACGACUGUAGACUUCCCCCUGUGUCCCCCACUUGGCGCUUGGUGUUGUGGAUCAACUCGCUAGCGGAAAGCGCAGCACAACGCAGUCGUCGGAUUCGUACUCGAUUCCGGUAACGGACACAGCUGCCACCGUGGAGCAAAAGCACGGCCAGACGAUUACCACCGGCAAGAAGAUGGCUAGCACGGGUGACAUCUGGCUGCAGUGGUUCUCCUGCUGCUUCCACCAGCCGCAAAGCCCGCGCCGCCGGAGGCACCACCAGCGCCUGCGAAUAGAUCGAUCAAUGAUCGGCAACCCGACCAACUUUGUACACACCGGUCACAUUGGCUCGAACGACGUUGAGCUAACCACGAACCAUCUGUCUGUGUUGCAGAACCAAAUGCAAAGUAAAGGUGGAUACGAGAUGAACUCGCUUAGGUUACAGACUUGCUGAUAUUUGCCAGCUUUACGAGUAGAUACCAGUACGCAGUCAUCGUGAAACAAGCCUAUGUUAAUGGAUAGCGGAUCAUUCUACUACACACCCGCUGCCGAGUCAAAAUACUUCGCACUAAAAUAUGACCAGGGCAGGGACGAAGCUCCGAGACGCAGCAAAUGCGAUGGAUCCACAUUAUUGAUGGAGAACCACGUGUGCUCAAAAUAAGGUUGAAAAAAAGAUCAUCUUCUACAUUUUAGGAUACCACAGAUAUGAGAGCUUCAGAUUGAGUGAAAAUUUCACCAUUAAAAAAGAAACUAAACCCGAUAGCAAUGUUGUUUCCCCUGGUGCGAAGGGCGUCCAGACGCGCCCUGACUCGUCAUUGUACAUUUGUAAAUAGCAGCUACGUUGAUAUUAUCUAUCGUUUUCACUAUAAUUUUUAUGUGUUCAACCAGAGCGAGAGCAGCAAAGGAAAACGAACAAGAGCACUAAAAAUGCAACAAAAACUUAUCUUGUUUAAUAACACACUGCCACACACACACAUACAAAAAACAGAAACGAUCCAAUCAAGAAGGACCAAGAACGAUUUCUCUUCGAUCUUGAAAUAACACGUUACUUCCUUCGCUCUGCUAGAUCGAUAAGGCUACAUAGUGGUUAAGUGAGAAAGGGAACGGCACGGCAUCACAGCUCUGAUUUUUGCAAAAUUGUUACGAUAUGAUAUAUCGUGUUCUCUUUUCUAUUCAUUUAAACAAUGGACGUGCGUUCGUAAUAUAGUUUUGUAAGCCGACAAACCGGACGUGAGCGAUAGCGUGUAAAAGCGGCUAAUGUGCUAACAGAUUGUAGGAAAUUAAACAAACAUAUUUUCACAUAAAA